AUGGCGGGCAUCCUGUUUGAGGAUAUUUUCGAUGUGAAAGAUAUUGACCCAGAAGGCAAGAAGUUUGACCGAGUGUCUCGAUUGCAUUGUGAGAGUGAAUCCUUCAAGAUGGACCUUAUCUUAGAUGUAAAUAUUCAGAUUUACCCUGUAGACUUGGGUGAUAAGUUCCGGUUGGUCAUAGCCAGUACCUUGUAUGAAGAUGGUACACUGGAUGAUGGUGAAUACAACCCCACAGAUGACCGGCCUUCCAGGGCUGAUCAAUUUGAGUAUGUAAUGUACGGGAAAGUGUAUAGGAUCGAGGGAGAUGAAACUUCUACUGAAGCAGCAACACGCCUCUCUGCCUACGUAUCCUAUGGGGGCCUGCUCAUGAGGCUGCAGGGUGAUGCCAACAACCUGCAUGGAUUUGAGGUGGAUUCUAGAGUUUACCUGCUGAUGAAGAAACUGGCCUUCUGAACCACCUGGGAAGCCAAGCUUGCGGUUUAGUUAAUUCAGGUCAUGGACAUU